CAUUGACCCACUCCUCUGAGAAGAUCAAGCGCAGUUUCCUUGAUGCCAAUGAAACGAGAAACAGACGGGCUUCUUCAGUGAAAUUCAACCAAAGUCUCUCUCUUAUUAAAGGAGAAAAAAUGAUAAUGCCCGAGUGAAGGCUGCUAUGGCGCUAAGGAGCAAUUUUUCACGCUCAAUCUCGGUCAGCCCCAGCUGUUAUGAAUCCCAGCACCUCCUCAGCUUGCUGUGCAGACCAGCCCUCUGCAGAUGACCAUAUGGACGACUGGCUUUUCCUCUCCUCUGACUCUGCUGGGCCUCAGUGCCUUGAAGUGAGCAGGGAGGACCGAGAGACAGAGGACAGAGGCAAACUCAAAUCCAAAUUGGUCUCAGCAUGGAACAGUGUCAAAUAUGGCUGGUCCUUGAAGCAGAAAUCCCACUUCAGCAAGAGCUCUCCUGUCAUCAUGCUUGGAAAUUCCUAUGAGCUCAAGGAUCAAGGUGAGAGAGAGAGCUUCCGUCGCUCCUUUGCAUCUCUCAUGUGGUUGACGUACAGACGGGGUUUCCCUCAGCUGGGGAGCUGCUCUCUGACCACUGACAGCGGCUGGGGUUGUGUUCUACGCACGGGGCAGAUGCUGUUGGCACAAGGCCUGCUCCUACACCUGAUGCCACAAGGUUGGACUUGGUCUGUGAGCCACCAUGUGGUCAAAGAUGACAUGGAUCUACCAGAGAUUCGCCCCACAGCCGGUGCAGAGCAUGGACACAACCUAAAAGAAGGGCCCCGUAAGAGGGGUCGAAAACUGAGCUUGGGUUCCCUCCUGGAUAGACGCAUGGAGUCCACACACAGAAGGGUGGUGUCAUGGUUUGCAGACCAUCCCACAGCCCCUUUUGGGAUACAUCAGCUGGUGGAGUUGGGCAAAAGCUCAGGGAAGAAGGCUGGGGACUGGUACGGCCCUUCGAUUGUGGCACACAUCCUACGGAAAGCUGUGGCAGCAUCAGUGGACCUCCCCAAUCUGGCUGUGUAUGUUGCACAAGAUUGCACCAUCUACAUAGAGGAUGUGAAGAGGUUGUGUGAGCAGCCUCUCCCUGGGAGCUCUGCUGCAACCAGUCAGCCCUGGAAGUCCAUCAUCCUCCUGGUUCCUGUGCGACUUGGAGGACAUGAUCUCAAUCCUGCCUACAUAGCUUGUGUCAAAAAACUCUUGAAGUUACAAUGCUGCAUUGGCAUCAUUGGGGGCAAACCAAAGCACUCUUUGUUCUUCGUUGGCUUCCAAGAUGACCAUCUGUUGUACUUGGACCCUCACUACUGUCAGCCCACAGUGGAUAUAACAAAGGAGAACUUUCCCUUGGUGUCGUUUCACUGUAAAUAUCCCAGGAAAAUGUCUUUCUCUCGCAUGGACCCCAGCUGCACCAUAGGAUUCUACGCUAAAGGCCAAAAGGACUUUGAAUCGCUGCGCAGAGUUGUUAACGAGGCUGUCUCCACAUCCGCAGAGACGUACCCCAUGUUUAUAUUUGCUGAAGGACAUAGUCAGGAGGAGGAGGGAAGCAAUACACCCACCAACAAAUUUACCUACAUCCAGAGGAAGAAUGAGCGGAAGAGAGUCGACACUUGCAACAGCUUGGACGAGUUUGUUCUAUUAUGAACGGAGAUCAAAUCUGCCCUGAGGAUGCAGUGCAGUGAUCAUUGAUUACAUGCAAAUAUGACAGUUACAUUGUGUGGCAACUACUGAGCAGAGGAACAAUGUCCUCAAGCAGUAACCUUAAGGGACUCCUUGUUAAAUGAAGUAGUCAUGUAUCUUUAGGCCAAUGACAUUACUCAUCAUUUUACCACUGUUUGUGCAAACUUGUAUUUUUAUUUAUUGUUUUAGAGGAUAAUGUCUAAAUUAAUAUUAUUCAGUUGAAGAACAAAUCCAGAAUGUCAUAUUUUCACUUUUCAAGUGAAUCAAAAUAGAAAAAGAAUAACACAUUUUUCCUACAGGCACACUGUUGGUAAGUGUUACUAUGAGAUACACAGCCUCUCACUGUUUGAUGUCAUGUGGCAGGAUGUGCUUUCUUUGAAUAGAUUAGAAAAUUGGAUUCUAAACAUGAACGGGACGCACACGUGAAACACUGAAAGAGCAAUUUAGUGGAGAAGUAGCUGGUUAAGUGUAGUCAUGUUAUGAAUGUACUCUUGAAGGAAAAAGACACAAUUCACUGAAAACAAUCUCCUGAGCUGUUUUUACUCUGCUACUUUUUAUCUGAAUAAACUGUUUAAGAACGAGAAAGGAACUUUUUCUUUGAUUACAGAAUUAUGUUUGUAAUUCUGUAAUCAUAAAAAGAUAUGUGUUUGACUAUGCAUAGUGUUUUAGGGACUGUAUGAUAAUCAUUGGGAGGGGAACAAUAUUUUUUUUUAAUUUGUAAAAAACAAGACCUUCUGUCUUAUGAAUAUUUCCUUUGGACACUGUAGAGGGUUUGCAAAACUGCAAUACCUUCCACCCAAUAUCUCGAAAUAAUAUAAUUAUUGCAAAGUGAAAAUACAGCCAUUAUCUAUUUUGAACAAAAAGCUGGCUAAACAGUUAGGCCUAUUACAGCCACCAAAUGGGGGGGAAAAAAUCUGUGAUGAGAAAAAGUUAAAAUACUCUCCCAAAUAAUAAAGCCUUUUCUGAUCCCUGACACCCCUAGUAAUUUGUGUACAGUCCCUUGCAUAUAUUACCCUAUAGUCUCAGAACUGUACAGUACAAAUGGACAUGGUACUAGAGUUCAGGCAGUACAAGUCGCGUACAGAAUCUCUGCUCCUGCUUUGUCAUGUUUCCCUGUACCUGAUAACCCUAGAGGGGGUCUGAAUCAGUCUGCCAGGGUCUUACUGCGUCCUUCAGUUCCUCAUGGGGAACCCCUUCCUGAUGCCUCAGCUUUCAGGCCCAUACUGCUCUGCCUUCUCCCAGAACAGCUGGAGGAAAAA